GCUGCCAGCGUUGUCUGCUACAUUUAGCUUAAUGUUCCGGCUUUGCGCAGUAGUAACUUCCUUUUUCGUGUUUGGGGAAGACAACGUGUGGCAAAUGAAGAUGUGGCUAACUGGUGUGUUGCUGACGAUCAUGCUACUGGCUGUGGGCCAGGCUGAUGAGGAUACCGAGGCUCGCCUUCUUGCCUCCAAGUCGAUCCUCAACCAGUAUCUCGUGGAGGGCAAACACCUCACAGUGGAAUACAAGAUUUAUAACAUUGGUGGCAGUGCGGCCCUUGAUGUUCAACUAGCAGAUGAUGGUUUCCCCGAGGCUGAUUUUGAUAUUGUACGAGGCAACCCUAAAGUGUCGUGGACUCGCAUUGCUCCAAACACAAAUGUCACGCACGCUAUCAUUCUACGGCCAACCAAAUCAGGAUAUUUCAACUUCACUGCAGCCCAGGUUUCUUACCUGGCAACAGAGGAGGCAAAGGAGAAACAGCUUGGCUACACAAGUGCUCCAGGAGAAGGUGCGAUUGUAAACAAAAAAGAAUUUGAGAGAAGAUUUUCCCCUCAUGUGCUGGAUUGGCUAGUGUUUGCGGUGAUGACUCUUCCGUCCCUUGGCAUUCCAUUUCUUCUUUGGUUCGGCAGCAAGAAAAAAUAUGAUACACCAAAACCCAAAAAGACUCAAUGAUUUUUUUUUAUCACAUUAAACUCAUUCAUCUUUUUAAAUUGAAGUGUCAUGUUUUGUUUAAUUUUCUUGUUGACCUGUCAGUAUAGGUCUACACUAAGACAUUUAUGACUUUUAAAAAAUUUUAACUUCACAAAACUUUUCUGCAUUUGUUUGCUUUAAAAAGGAAUAGAUAUUUGGCAUAAUGAAAAACGUGUAUGAAAAUAUAUUAUUAUUGUUUUACAUAUUAACAUCGGUUCGCGUAACAUAACAAAAACAAAUUUAGUUUACCCAGUAAAUAUGACAAAUUGCCAUCAAUGUGUCUAGAUUACGGUAUCUCAUUUUUAAUGUGAGGUUGAAGACGAAUGCUGGAACAGCCAUGGGUGCCAGUUGCACCUAAAUCACUCUGUGUGACUUCCUGAUUGUAUGUUCUGAUUAUGUUUGUGAAUGCAUGUGUUAAACUGUGUAUGCAUGUGUUAAACGUGUGUAUGCGUGUGUUUUUAGGACAUUGAUAUGUAUGUAAAGCAGGGACUCUGGGCUCCCAACCCCAAUACUGCUAUAUUAUUUGGGACCAUAUAUUUUUUUAUAAUUUAAUUUUAAUUGCCUCGUUAAAAAUACAGCAAAGAACUUAGCGUUGUAAAAAAUAUUGCAUAACGUGCUCCGUUGCAAAUUGUAAUAACAAGAUACCUAUACCAAAAUCAAAACCAUAUGUCUGCACAAGAAAGAGUCGAAAAGGGAUUUUGGCAAAGUCGUGAUUGCUUCCAUGAGCUACUAUCGGAUACAUCGUCCACAGGAUUGCUUGCAAAGUCUGCUUGUGUUGAUAUUCUGUUACUCAAAGCUAACUGUGCGUUCUUGGAUUGUGAUUGAGAUUACAGGUAUACUUUGAUGUAUAUUCACAAAAUUCACGCGAUGUUAAGCGAUCCUGAAUUGACAUCUUCUAUCACGACUUCACUGUCAAUGCUAAUGAAACUUAAUUUGAGCUUUUUAACUUCCACUUUCAUACAAUUUCCAAGCAAUAUAUUUGAAGUGCAAUUAAAGUGAUCAUUAUAAUUGUGUGUAAAUAUUACAGAAUCGCGAUUUCUUCAGCACGGAGCCGGUUUAAGGAUUCGCGGGGCCUGUAGCACAAAUAACAGUGCCUUCACAUCAUCGUGGGGCCUUCUGAAGCGCGGGAACCGCAGCGCGUGCUACGUGUGUUACUAUGAUAAACCGGCUGUGUUUCAGCAUAGUUGCAUUCACUUCAUAUGAGUACAGUAGUGACAUCGCGAUGACUGAAGGAAAUAAAUUUAUUAAACAUUUCAGUUAGGUCUAUUUGUAUAAUAAUGAACGAUAUUUUUUGUUCAUGUUCAUACGAACUCGUUAUUUCAUAUUACAGUAUAUUGUAUAAUCAUGGUGACUUCUCUCAAGCCGAACUAGGGGAUGAAAAUAUUGAUGUUUUAAAAUUAUUAUUAAUAAUAUAAAUGAUAUUUGCGAUUGUAGUUGAUUGGAUUGUAAUUGUUGUUUGUGAGAAUGUUUUCAUUUUGAUUAAACAAUUGGUACAUGA